AUGGUUUUCAAUGCAGUCACCGAGGACUGGGUUGCCUUCGCUGAGGAUGAUGACAUUGGUGACACUCGGAUAGAUUUGUUUACUCGAAGCAAGGUUGAACCAAUGCGUGUUGCACCAAAUCGACCAGAGUCACCAACAAAGAGGUACAUGAAAUCAGAUGCAUCGACAGCCAGCAGUUGGAUGAAGAAGCCCAUCAACACCAAUGCAUCGUGGGCUCCUGUCGCCCCACCACCUGAAUCAAGAGAGCCCAUCGCAUUGACGCGUCAACAUCGACCACCUCGGAACCCUACAUCCUCUCCUCGUCAUAUGCAAACAACGAGUCUUUCACCACAUCCAUUGGUCUCUUCUUCCGAUUCUUCCAGUGAUGGACGCCCAGUUGCACGUGGACGGGCAGCUGCACCUCCACCUACUUCUCGCCGUGGAAGAUCAACCAGUCGAUCACGACCAGCGGCACCAGCUCCGCGAGCAUCUUCCCGGGCACGGUCCUCCAGCAGAACUCGCCAGACCACCAACCAGCGGGACCGUUCCUCGAGUAGAACUCGACAGGCAACUGUCCAGCACCGCGACCGUUCUUCCAGCAGAACUCGCCAAAGUACCAGCCACAGGGGUCGCUCCUCCAGUUCACAGCGCCGCACAAGCAAUGGUGCGCAUCCAUCUCAGAACAGGCGACGCUCAAGAUCGUCCAGCCGGACUCGGAUUCAAACCUCAACCAUACAGCAACGAAGCGGUCCUCAGGCAAACGGCAAUAGACCCCCACCAUCGACUGCCCGGACAAGAGGGUUGGUGAAAGCCACUGUAUCAGGCUCUGCAAGUGUUGGUCCUGGGUUACCUCGUCACAGCAAUCCACUGACGUCUCCCAAUGGUGCUCAUUUGGACGACAAUGCAAGCUUCAAGUCAUUUGAUGUCAACAUUGGCAGAGACAUUAGCUUCGGAAGAACAAAGUCAGCUCGUUCACUUAACGGACCCGUUGGCCCCGGGGAUAAUGUUGCUAUUUUGACCAAACGUCCUGAACCUAUCCAUCCCAGGAUAUUGCUGACAGCCACAGUCUACCACAACACAGCCACAAAUUUGUGGAUUGCUACAAUCAAUACAAAUCAAAAGGGGGUUUCGAAGAACCCUUCCACAGCUUCAAAGUUCUUGAAAGCCUUCUCCUUUGGAACUGAAAAAGAGGCAAGAGAGUCAGCCAUUGCUAAUGCGCCUCCCAAAAUGCUUCCAUUCUCCGACAAUCCCAACUGUUUCAGUUGCAACACAAAGUUUUCCAUGUUCAGACGACCGUCGCAUUGCCGCAACUGUGGUACCUGCGUCUGUAGCUCUUGUACAGUUUCCUGGUCUUCCGCAUCAAUUCCUGAAACUUACAAUCUCAAGAAGCAAUCACAGGUCAAAAUUUGCAAGAGUUGCAAUACCAUGAGCGCAUCGUUCAGGAAAGCACUUUUGGCUGGUAACUACGAAGAAGCUAUCGCCUUGUAUGGCAGUGGCAAUGUGAACCUUCGUGUUCCCUUCCCAGCUGCAUUGAAGAAAGGUGAGGUCAUGCAUCCGAUUCACUGCGCAGCACAGGGUGGCAACAUCAACAUUUUGCGAUGGCUCCUAGAAGAUCACUAUUGCCCAAUAAAGCGCGUUGUGAAGAGCAGCUCAAGCAAGAAGGGGGACAAGUCAGAUGUGAUGAUUCGCACAUCGAAAGAUCGUACAGUUCUAAGCAUUGCGAUGGCAUCAAUGAAUGUCGACAUGAUAAGAUAUCUUGUCGUUGAUUGUGCGGUUUCAAUUUACGAGGCGAAAGAUUUGAAGGCUGCAUUGCGCUCACUCGAAGCUGCCUUGCACAUCUUGCCGUCUCCACUCGACGUUUUGGAAAUUCAUGAUGAUCCUGUUGAGCACCGUUGGGACACAGGGACCUACAACGAAGAAAUGUCAAUCGGAAGUUCAUUUGCAGACUUGAGUCGGGUAGAUGAUGCUACCGUUGGAAGUCGACGCAGUUCUCGAGGGUUCCAUUGA